UACCGAGAAGUAUAGUUCUGAGAAUAGUUUGUGAGUCAGUAAGAGAAGUAAGUCUAUAGACAUUCUACAGUGCAUUCUUCAAAAAUUUAGUUAUGAUUUUUCAUUUUAUUUCUUUUACAAUAAAAAUUCUAUCAGGCUAAAGUGAUCUUGAAAACUAUGAAAACUGACUAAAUAUCUUUUUAGUUACAUAGUUAAUCACACGCAUUGCAUAUAUCUGAUUUCUGUUACACAUAUCUUUGUUUCCUUUUUUCUUUCUUUUUAUACAAUUAAAUUAGUUAGGUGAUACGAUGCACAUUCUAAAAUUGCCGUGUAAAAUUUUUACGAUAUCUGGAUGUUUUCGACCGCAAUCAUGGACGUCUUUAUUUAAACGGACAGUUUAUAAUAUCUACAAAUUGUAUACAUUUACUAUGAUAUACACAGUCUCAAUAUUGCAAAUUAUGGACAUUGUCUUGUACGUCGAUAAUAUUAAUGAUUUGACAGACAAUUUAAAUGUGAUGAUAAACUCAUUAGUUUCAUGCUAUAAAAUAUUUAUUGUGUCUUUAAGUUAUGAGAACAUUGUAGCAUUAAUUAAUUGUCUUACCGAAGAGCCAUUUAAACCAUUAGAUUCGGAUGAAAUGAAAAUUCUACAACAUUAUGAUGAAAUAAUACGGAAGAAUACAUUACGCUAUACAAGUUUUGUGACAAUAUCAGCCGGGUUCGUCUUUUUAUCUUCACUAUUCACCGACUUUAGAUACAAACGGCUAAAAUUUAGAGAAUGGAUACCAUACGAUUAUUCAUCUAAUACAAUGUAUUGUAUUACGUACUUUCAACAAAUGUUAAGCUUAAGUCAUUGCGUUAUUGUAAACAUUUCAACAGAUAAUAUCAUGUGUGGAUUUAUAAUGCACAUAUGUUGUCAAAUUGAGAUUUUGAAAUAUCGCCUAAAGAAAAUGUUGAGCAAACAACUUACUCUGGAUUACUGCAUACGCCAUCAUAAUCAAAUUUUUAAGUUUGCACAGAUAGUAAAUUUAAAAUUUACAAAAAUAAUCGGAUUUCAGUUUAUAGCAAGUACAAUGGUAAUUUGCUGCAACUUGUAUCAAGUGAGUCAGUCAACUUUGAACGUAAAUAAUUUGUGGAUAAUUAUGUUUACAAAUUGCAUAUUAAUGCAGAUAUUUGUUUAUUGCUGGUUCGGGAAUGAACUCAAGUUGAAGAGUCUCCAAUUAAUAGAUAGCAUUUUUCAAAUGGAGUGGCCAAUUCUGAACAAUAGUAUUAAGAAAAGCUUAUUAUUAAUUAUGAAACGUACAAAGACACCCAUUGAAAUUACUACUAUAUUUAUCUUCACCAUGAAUUUGGAGACUUUUGUAGCGUUGCUUAAAACAUCAUACUCAGUUUACAAUUUAUUAGUGAAAACGCAAGAAUAAUUAUUAAUGAUGUGAUCCGUAUGUAAGAACAGCGCGAUAGCGUCUUCAGUCCUUCACUCGUAUGAUCUACGGUGCCUUGUCUUUGCCUCACAAGCAUCGUCACUAUAUUGAAUUAUAAAGGACUUUUUCUGUAUUUGCAUAAUAAACGUAUCGUAUCAGUAGUUCAAA